AUGACUUCCAUACUUUCCUGGCUCCGGCGAAUUUAUUCGCUCGACACCCUUGACACUCGUUUCACCUCCUCUGCGACCACUCCGGCUACCGCAGCCGCCGACACGCGACCACCCUCCGCGAAAGAUGCCCGCGCUAAUGCCAUUGCCCAGGGCGCGUCCGCACCGCUCUGGCGUACCCCGGAGUUCUUCAUUUACUACAUAUUCUUCAUCACCCUCGUUCCAUUGAUGUUCAAAACGGUGGCUGAUGCCUCAAAAGACACUCACCCAAUCUACUCUGAAUACUCCCAUCUUCUAUCCCCAGGCUGGAUUCCAGGGCGGCUUGUGGACAACUCCGACGCCCAGUAUGCCAGCUUCCGUGACAACAUCCCUGCCCUUGUGCUACUUCUCAUUGCCCAUCCCCUUGUUCGCCGAGUCUACCAGUUUUUCACAAGCCGGCCAAGGAACGAAACAAAGCCAUCUCACCCAUCCGCGGCCAUCACAGGCGAUGUCCAACUCGAACAACGGAUGCGCUUUGACUUUGGAUUUGGGUUGAUUUUCAUAACCGCCCUCCACGGAAUCUCUGCGCUCAAAGUCCUACUGAUUCUGUUUGUCAACUAUAAGAUUGGCAAAGCUCUUCCUCGAUCCUAUGUCCCCGCAGCAACAUGGACAUUCAAUAUCUGCAUCCUGUUCGCCAAUGAGUUAUGCGGUGGAUAUCCACUGGAAGUUUUGGCGACAAUUCUGGCGCCGAAAACCACAGGAAGCAAGACGUCGUUACUCGUCGAGUGGGCCAAAAGCCUGGAUAACUUUGGGGGGAUUAUGCCGCGCUGGGAGGUUCUCUUCAAGGUUACCGUGUUGCGGCUGAUCAGCUUCAACAUGGACUUUUACUGGAGUAUCGACUAUUCUGCGGCCAGUCCCAUUGAAAAGAAGCAACUCGACCCCGCGAACCUCUCUGACCGAGACCGGGUCAAAAUCCCCGCCGAGCCGGCCGCCUUCAGCAUGCGUAACUUUAUCGCCUACGUUCUGUACUCGCCGCUCUAUCUCGCCGGCCCCAUCCUGACCUUCAAUGACUAUGUUUCGCAGCAGCGAUACACAUCACCAUCCUUGACACGCUCACGCUCACGCACUGUUCUCUACGGAAUCCGGUUCUUUCUCACACUCCUCUGCAUGGAACUCAUCCUCCACUAUAUCUAUGCAGUCGCAAUCUCCAAAUCCUCGCCCAAUUGGUCUCUAUUCACCCCAGGUCAGCUGAGCAUGCUGGCCUUCUUCAACCUUCACAUAAUCUGGCUGAAACUCCUCAUCCCAUGGCGCUUCUUUCGUCUAUGGGCCCUCAUCGACGGCAUCGACCCUCCAGAAAACAUGGUCCGCUGCAUGUCCAACAACUACUCCGCGUCUGGCUUCUGGCGCGGGUGGCACCGCUCCUACAAUCGCUGGGUGGUCCGCUAUAUUUACGUCCCCUUGGGCGGCGGCGGCGGCGGCGGACAGCGUCCUGCCGGCGCUAAGCCCUCUUCAACUCCUCCCUCGGGCUUCAUGGUAAAAUUCCAGCGUAUCCGCAACACGCUGCUGGUCUUCACAUUUGUUGCUAUCUGGCACGACAUCAACCUGCGCCUUCUGAUGUGGAGCUGGCUCAUCACGCUCUUCGUUUUGCCCGAAGUCCUGGCUGGUAUGCUUUUCCCCGCCAAUCGGUGGCGCUCGCGCCCUACCGCAUACAGGGUCCUUAGUGGCCUCGGUUCCGUGGGUAAUAUACUCAUGAUGAUGAUUGCAAACCUUGUUGGCUUUGCUCUUGGCCUGGAUGGAUUGAAGGAUCUGCUGGCCAGCUUGACAGGCUCGUACUCUGGAGUCGCGUACAUGAUCUCGUGUUGUCUAGUGCUGUUUGUGGGAGUGCAGGUCAUGUUUGAGAUUCGCGAGGAUGAAUUGCGAGCGGGUAUCAAUUUGAAGUGCUGA